GCAGACGCCAACCCACAGUUUGUCUUCCUUCCAGCACAGAUCUCAAAUCCGUUAGCUAGGCCGGAAGUGGAGACCCAAGCGCCCCGCUGGCGGAGCCGGAAGUGCGCUAGCGAGGCACUUACUGGCCGGAAGUCGAGCCCCGGACACGCCCACCUGCCGGUGGCGUCGGAUGUGUACCUCAGACCGGUUUGCUCUUUGACGGCGUCGCCGAGGAGGCGGACGGACCACCGUGGGGUCAAGGCGGAGGCCGAGGGCCGAGUCGGCAUGGCAGAGGGCGGGAGCCCCGAAGGGCGGGCCGGCCCGAGGGCCGCAGGUCCUAAUCUGAAGGAGUGGCUGAGAGAGCAGUUCUGUGACCAUCCACUAGAGCACUGUGAAGAUACAAGGCUCCAUGAUGCAGCCUAUGUAGGGGACCUCCAGACCCUCAGGAAUCUACUGCAAGAGGAGAGCUACCGGAGCCGCAUCAAUGAAAAGUCUGUCUGGUGCUGUGGCUGGCUCCCCUGUACACCGUUGAGAAUUGCAGCCACUGCAGGCCAUGGGAACUGUGUGGACUUCCUCAUACGCAAAGGAGCCGAGGUGGACCUAGUGGAUGUCAAGGGGCAGACUGCCCUGUAUGUGGCUGUAGUGAAUGGGCACCUGGAGAGCACUGAGAUCCUUUUAGAAGCUGGUGCUGACCCCAACGGCAGCCGGCACCACCGCAGCACUCCUGUCUACCAUGCCUCUCGCGUGGGUAGGGAUGACAUCCUGAAGGCUCUUAUCAGGUAUGGGGCGGAUGUUGAUGUCAACCCUCACCUGACUCCUGACACUCAGACCCUUUUCACAAGGCGGCUUACCUCCUUGGUGGUCUGUCCUCUAUACAUCAGUGCUGCCUACCAUAACCUUCAGUGUUUCAGGCUCCUUCUGAAGGCUGGGGCAAAUCCUGACUUCAAUUGCAAUGGCCCUGUCAACACACAGAAAUUCUACAGGGGCUCCCCUGGGUGUGUUAUGGAUGCUGUCCUGCGCCAUGGUUGUGAGGCUGCCUUCGUGAGCCUGCUGGUAGACUUUGGAGCCAACCUGAACCUGGUGAAGUGGGAAUCACUGGGCCCAGAGGCAACAGGCAGAAGGAAGAUGGACCCUGAGGCCUUGCAGGUCUUUAAAGAGGCCAGAAGUAUUCCCAGAACCUUGCUGAGUUUGUGCCGUGUGGCUGUGAGAAGAGCUCUUGGCAAAUAUCGACUGCAUCUGGUUCCUUCGCUGCCGCUGCCAGACCCUAUAAAGAAAUUUCUGCUUUAUGAGUAGAGUUCAGAUGCAGCGCUGACUGCAGUGAGGAAGCCGACCAUCUGCAGUGAAAGUUGACGAAGCCUCUUACAUCCUGUGAACCAUGUCUUGCGCUGCCAACUUGUUCCCUGACUGUCAGUGAAGAAGAAAUAGCCAUGUUCUCUUGAAUUGUGAUUCCGUCUCAGGUGCUUGAGUCAUUGUCAACUGAGAGGGGCAUACAAACUUAAUUUUGUUCUUCUUCAA